AUGGUAUGGGAGUAUUAUAACGGCAAGAUCCUGUUCGUCACUGGCGGGACUGGAGUCAUCGGCACUGCACUCCUAUACCGCCUCUUGACUCAAUCCACGCCAAAGCAGGUGUAUGUGCUUAGCCGUGGCGGUUAUUCUAAGGCAAAGGCAAAAUGGUCCACUAUGCUACCAGCUCAUAUUGCGAAAGUUCUAUAUGAAAGCAAAUGCAUGACUAUCAUGGAUGGCGAACUAGGCGACACUGCGACAAUGGAUUUAUCUGAUGACGAAUUGCAAAUGUUGAAAAGAACUGUGCACGUUAUCAUCCAUGCCGGGGCAACAAUGGAGUUCACGAACUCACUCCGCGAGCUCUCAUACAAGAUCAUCGCGCCCACGGUAUGCUUGACUCAAUACGCUCUGAAAUUUGCCAACCUGGAACGGUUCGUGUUUCUUUCAACAGCCUAUGUGAACGCCCAUCUGUGGAAUACCAGUAAGUCCACAGACGUCCGUGUCGAAGAAAGGGUAUAUCCCCUCGGAGACGAAACCGAAAAAGCCCCCUACGCCACAGCGCCAGAGACAUGGAAACACGUCCAGAAGGCAGGCACAUCAAACGAGUACGACGCGCAUGAUUUCCCAUGGCCAUACGCCUACGCCAAGCAUCUCGCUGAGCGCCUAGUCCUCGAAAAGGCAGCUCAGAAAAACGCCCUGGACAAGGUUCUCAUAAUUCGCCCUUCAGUCGUCGGACCAGCCGAUCAACUCCCCUACCCAGGCUUCACGGCCUCGCACACAGCCCCGUCUACUGCCUGCGCAGCCGCGUACGCAUUACACCCAGGUCGGAAAAUCAUUCUUUCAACGCGCUGCGAGGACCCAGAUCGAGACGUUACCAUCGACGAAGUCCCCGUGGACGUUGUUGUGGAUCGGCUCCUCGUGCAUGUGGCUCUAGGCUCGAGCGGGUGCGUCCACGCCGUCAGCGGGGAGAAAGGCAGACUGCGGAUUGGGGAUUGGUGGCAUGCGUUCAAGAGUGAACGUCGGCUUCCCUGGAAGGUGAAGCCUGUUUGGACAUCUGAGGACUGGCACUCUGCGAAUCUGCAUCAUAUGGCGCGGGAUUUCAAGAUUAUUGGGACCUCAUUUGCGUUUUCUGAUGAGAAGACUGAUGCGCUCGGGAAAGUGAUUAGUGCGGAGGAUAUGGAGAAACUUAUUCUUUAUGCGGAUCGGUCGAAGCCGUAUCAUCAUUCUAUGGUUCAUCGGCGACAUCAUAUUCAUGGUGCGGCGAGGGCGCAGGCGAAGAAAAGCGGAUGGCCGGUGUGUUCGGUUCGGUUGCUGUGUCGGAAGGGGACUCCUCCUGUAUUAAUGAACAAGCUGAACGAGAAGGUUGCCGGUUGA